UACAUAUUCCGUUAUACAUACAUAGUUUCAACAUAACCUCACUCCAAUAAGGUUGAUAAUAAACAUCACAAUCCUUGAAAGGUAAUAAUUUAUAGUAAAUAGCUGAACCCUUAUACAUCUUAUCAAACCAGAAGCAAUAGACGCUAAUAAAAACCUACAAUGUCAAAACCGAACAAAGAAACAAUUGUCGAACAGCCGACCAAAAAGUUCGAAGCUCCCCCAGCGGGUGUAGCAGAGACCAAUGAGAGUCGGAAAGUAGCUAGCGAAGAGAUUCUCCAUGCCGAGGCUUUCAAAACACUCAAAGCACACAUAUUCGAUGACAAGACUCUCACCGAUGCGGACAAACAGUUCUGUACAGAUGCUUGCCUUUUGAGAUACCUUCGAGCGCGAGACUACCACCUCGAACGCUCAGAAAAGCUGCUUAGGGGCACUCUCAAAUGGCGUAAAGAGUACUGGAAAAAUGGUGCUUUGGAUCCUAAUGGACCACUUGACAUAGAAGCCGGCACGGGCAAAGUACUGGUACAUGGACUGGAUCGGUAUAAACGUCCCGUUCUAUAUUUGAGACCGAGGUUACAGAAUACUACCAACUACGUAGAACAGAACCGCCUCACUGUAUAUAUGCUGGAGAGGUGUAUCGAGAGCAUGGACGCGAGCUAUGGAACUGAAAAAUUGACGCUGAUAAUAGACUUCAAAGAAUACUCUCUAAGAAAUGCACCGCCCAUGGCACAAAAUAAGGAAUUUAUGACUAUUCUUUCCGAGCACUAUCCUGAAAGACUAGGGGUGGCAAUUUUGGUGGAUGCUCCGAUGAUUUUCAAUAUGACAUACAAAUUACUACAGCCAUUUAUCCCGGCGGAAACUAAGAAAAAGGUUGUGUUCGUGAGCGGAUCUGCCAAACCAGGGCAAAAGAAACACGAAGUGUUGUCUAAGUACCUACAUAUGAAUGAUGUCCCUGCGGAAUACGGGGGAGAUGCCGUAUUUGAAUAUGAUCAUGAACACUACUGGUCACGGGAAUUGUCGCACUAUGACAGCAAACGAAUGUCACAAUCACCUCUGGGCAGCGAUUAAAACAUGGGUAUGAAUAAACCCAAAUCAAAUAGAUGAGGACAGUGUUCGUUCUGGUCGGCAGUUUGAUUGAGGUGUCGUUUACGUUGAAGACUUCGGAGCUCACGAAUGCCCAUUUCAAAUGUCUAGGCAUACAAGAGUUUGGAAUAAUAUAGCUGUUCUUAGACUAACUUCAAGGCACAUAGCCAU